CUUCUCAGUUGAUGAGGUAUAGAGGAACACGAUGGAUUUGAGAAUUGUGUGGUUGUGUCUCUUGAUCUCAUUUGUAGAAAAGUCGAGGACUCAGCCUGUAAAAGACACCACUACAGACGAGACAUGUCGCAUGGACGAGUUCACGUGUAGCAAUGGCAACUGUGUGCCGCAGAGAUGGUUGUGCGAUCACGAGGAUGAUUGUGGUGAUGACUCGGACGAGCUGAACUGCAAGACUUGCUCGCCAGACACGGAUUUCGCCUGUGUUCUCGGCGGCAACAAAACCUAUUGCAUCAACGCGAGGUGGCGCUGCGACGGGGAUAACGACUGCCCAGACGGGUCGGAUGAAAAGAACUGUACAGACAAUCCACAAAAGACAACAGCUGUGACAGGCAGACAAGCGUGUCUAUCUCGCGAGUUCCAGUGUCAUCAUAACAAGAUGUGCAUCCCUGUACAUCAACGUUGCAACGGAGUGCUAGAGUGUACUGACGGCAGUGAUGAGAUGGACUGUAGGAAGGAGUGUCUCACGAACGAUGAGUGUAUUUCAGGGAAGAUAUGCAUAGCUAAGAAAUGCACAGAUCCUUGUGACAGCGUGUGUGGGCUGAACACAAUAUGUGUGGUACACGAAGGAGCCCCUGUGUGUUCCUGUAAAACUGGAUACAAAGGAGACCCGUUUACCGAAUGUAAACCACAAAAUGCAGGAUGCACAGACGACUCCAUGUGUCCAUCAGACAAGAUAUGCAUUGGUCGCAAGUGUUUAGACCCCUGUCUGGACUAUUGUGGCCUCAAUACAAUGUGUAGAGUGGUCAACCAUCGACCAGUGUGUGCCUGCCUAAAUGGAUUCUUCUACAAACUAGACAUUAGGCUGCCUUCCUGAAAGGAUUCCGGAAUGUCAGACUAACUUUCAUUGUUCAGAGGACCGCUCAUGUCGUCUGCAGAUGUGUGUAGAUCCUUGUGAAGACGGAGUGUGUGGCAAUAACACAGAAUGU